AUGCCUCGCGGGCUGGCUGGGGUGGUCAAGCGGGACAAGGCACGACGCAUCCAGGGUCGUCGGGGCCAUGCCGGCGCGGGCGGCGACUGGCUAGAGCAGGAGCCCCGGCGGCAGUCGGCUGCAGCUGAGCUCGAGCAAGGGGAGAGAGAAGGAAGGAGGAGGCGUGGAGGAAUAGGGCGGCGAGCAGUCCCCCUUGUGGCUGGUGGCGGCGGCUCCUCUCGGGACAGGGGCGAGGGCACGGGCUGGCUGGGAUUUGUGGUCGCCGGAGCAGACUACAGGCGAGAGAAACACAAGGCUCUCUAUCUCUACGCCUCCGAGCUCUACACUCCGGCCUCUACAUCCAUCUCUAAUGGAGGAGCACGCGUACGACCACAGCAACGGUGGCAUGAGCCCGUCGACGCCGCCAGUGCAGCAGCGCAGGGGCCCUCGCGCCACGCGACGGUGCCCAGGGCCGCCACAACGCGACCGGCGAUAAGGAUCAUCCACAUCAUCUCGCCGGAGAUCAUCAAGACCGACGCCGCCAACUUCCGGGACCUCGUGCAGCGCCUCACCGGGAGGCACCACCACCAGAACGCCGAUGCCAGGGCGGACGAGGAUGACAACAGCAAGGAAGUGACGGUGGGCGUGGCGCCAACGCCGACGUCCCCAGUAGAGGAGAAUCCACAGUCGCAGAAGAAGAGGCUAGCCGACGAUUUCGUUGUGCAACAGGAGAACGGGAGGAGGAAGAAGGUAAUCAAGUGCGAGGUGGUGAAGGUGGAGGAAGGAGGGUUCGGCUGCGGCGUCGGCGGUGAUAUCGAUUUCAGCGAGCUGUGGAUGGAUCUCAACCCCGGGGGAUUCCUGAGCUUCUUGGAGGAGGACGUCUUCCAGGGAUGA